AUGAGGAAACCCGGUGAAAUUCUUUGGGAAGGACGUGCUCAUGAUGGCAGUAUAGGAGGGCUGACACUUUCUGCCACAGUACGUGGUUUGCUAGUCACUGUUGGCCACGACCAGAUGUUGUGUGUAUGGAAAGUGCAAGAAGACGGAUCUAUUGUAAAAGUGUACUCUGAGAUCCAGCAUAUUGGCGAAUUACAUGCCGCCCAAUUUAACCCAGACGUAGCCACUGUGUGUUGCAUUGGAGGCUCGUCGAACGACCUGGUCAAGUUGGUUGACGUCUCGAAGAAGGAAAGUGUUUUGAGAGCUUUUUCUGAAGACAAGGUGUAA